AUGGCUCUGGACAGCGGAAGGAAGGAGCUGCUGUGGAACACGCUGAGGGAGCUGGGGGCGGACGACUUCGAGUCCUUCAGGUUCCACACGGACCUGCCUCAAAGCGUAUGUGAAAACCCCCGCCGGGCGUACAUUGCUAACGAGCUGAUAAAGAAGCACGGCGAGAACACUCUGGACCAGACCAUCAUGCUUCUGGAGAAGAUCGGUAACAACAAUUUGGCCGAGAAGCUGCGAAGUGACAUGGUGAAAAUAAAAGGCGCCGACUUCUCCGUCCACGAUGACGAUCGGAUUGCCAAAUUGAAGCGGGAGCUCCAAGACAACCUGCGGCGUUUAUACAGCUUUGCUUCCGAGGGCACCUCCGAGCGCUGGCAGCAACAGCCUCUGGCGGACGUCUACACGCAGCUAGACGUCACCUAUGGGGCAGACGUCAGCCCGGACGAGCGGCAUGAGGUCCUCCAGAUGGAGACGUGUGACGCCGUGGACAAGCAGUCUAUCCUGCCGUGCGACAUCUUCAAAAGCCCCGACGGGAACCGGCGACCGAUACGCACGAUGCUCACCGUCGGCUUCGCGGGAAUUGGAAAAACCUUCCUGAUUCAAAAGUUUGUGUCAGACUGGGCCAGCGGUAGUACCAACCAGGACGUGGACUUUAUAUUUCCUUUCACCUUCCGUGAGUUAAACAUGGAGAAAGGGAAAAAGUUUACGCUGGCCGAGCUGAUAAGAUGUUAUGUCUGCAGAAACAGGCACAUGAGCAAGGAGUUACUGAACAAUAUAUUUGCUGACCAGCAGGACUAUGAAAGCAGCGGGAUCAAGAUCUUGUUUAUCCUCGACGGACUGGACCAGUGCAACUUCAAAAUCGACUUGAAGAAAGUAAGGAAAGUGGACAUGGACAUAAGGGAAAGCUACCCGCUGGAGGAACUGUUGGCCAAUCUCAUCAAUGGGAACCUGCUUCCCUGCGCCAGGGUUUGGAUCACCACGCGGCCCGCGGCAGCCCACGAUAUCCCCUCCGACCUCAUCGACAGCAGAACAAAGGUGCGAGGAUUCAACGAUUCCCAGAGGCUGGAGUACUUCAGGAAAAGGUUCCCAAACGAGGAGCGCGUCAUUGAGCACAUUCGGAAAUCUCGCACCAUCUUCAUCAUGUGCCACAUUCCCAUCUUCUGCUGGUUCACCGCCAUAGUCCUUCAGGGUACUUUGGGCAAAGGGAAGAAGGGAGAGCUUCCCACGACGCUGACUUACAUGUACUCAGCGCUUAUAGGUCACUACCUAGAAAACUCCAAGGAGAGAAAUACAGCGGAGUACAUCCCUGACAUGAAAGCGCUCGCCAAGCUGGCAUUUGACCACACCAUGAAUAAGUGUCAGAUCUUGGACGAGAAGGACCUGGCGGACAGCGGUUUUGAUUACGGCCAAGCUGCAAAACACUCCGGAAUAUUCACUGAGGUCUUUAAGGAGGUCCCUCCGCUCGGUAGAAACAAACAGAAGAUGUUUCAGUUCAUUCAUCUGACCAUUCAAGAGUAUAUGGCUGCACUGUACGUGAUGAUGAGCCUCUUCCACGACAAAAAGAACGUACUGGAUGGUUCGGGACGGGAAGAAAUGUUCAUGCCUGUUAAGCAGAAGACAAUCACUGAGGUCCACGAGUCAGCUCUCCAGAAAGCCUCGGAGAGUGAGGGAAACCUGGACAUGUUUGUCCGCUUCCUCUUUGGCCUUUCCUUGCCGUGCAACCAGGAACUAGUGGGGGAACUGCUGAAGGCUCCUCAGGGCUGCGGGCAAAGCAAGUCAAAGACAGUCGAGUUGAUCAAGGAAAGGAUCAAACAGAACACUCCAGAAAAGAAUGUCAACUUGUUCUACUGCCUAAACGAGCUGAAGGACGACUCUUUGCUGAAGCAGAUCCAGCAGGAAUUAGCUUCAAGACGUCUGUCCUGGCAUCAAAUGUCAAAUGAAAUGUGGUCAGCCCUGGCCUUUUUCUUACUGUCAGACGAUGAAACCAUGAAGUCAUUUGAUCUUCACCACUACUACCCAACGCCUUUGGGGCUCGAAAAGCUGCUGUUGGUGGUCAAGGCUUCUGAAAAAUCAAAUCUAAGGGAUUGUAACCUGGACAAAGGCAGCUGUCACCUGCUGGCUUCCGUUCUAAGUUCUCCAUCCAAACUGAGGCAUCUGGACCUGGGCAAUUUCAAUUUGUCGGUCCUGGACGGCCACAACGAUGUUUCCGACGAGGGGGUGGAGAUCCUCUCGAAAGGAGUGGCCAACCCACACUGCAACUUAGAAGUCCUCAAUCUGCAAAACUGCAAGAUCACCAGUAAAGGAUGUGUUUCAUUGGCUGAGGCUCUCAAGGUAACCCCCUCCCAUCUUCAAGAGCUGGACCUGAGCUACAACGAUCUGUUGAACAAGGGGGUCAAGAUCCUUUCGAAAGGACUGGCCAGCCCACACUGCAUCUUAAAAAUCCUCAAGCUCUCAGGUUGCAAGAUCACAAAACGAGGAUGUGUUUCAUUGGCUGAGGCACUCAAGGUAAACUCCUCCCAUCUUCAAGAGCUGGACCUGACCAAGAACAAUCUGUCAGAUGAAGGGGUUGAGAUCCUCUCGAAAGGACUGGCCAGCCCAAACUGCAUCUUAAAAGUCCUCAAGCUGGAAGAGUGCAAGAUCACACAGCAAGGAUGUGUUUCAUUGGCUGAGGCACUGGAGGUAACCCUCUCCCAUCUUCAAGAGCUGGACCUGAGGUCGAACAAUCUGUCGGAUGAAGGGGUUGAGAUCCUCUCGAAAGGACUGGCCAGCCCACACUGCAUCUUAAAAGUCCUCAAGCUGAUAGAGUGCAAGAUCACACAGCAAGGAUGCAUUUCAUUGGCCGAAGCACUCAAGGUAACCCCCUCCCAUCUUGAAGAGCUGGACCUGAGGUGGAACAAUCUUUUGGAUGAAGGGGUUGAGAUCCUCUCGAAAGGACUGGCCAGCCCAAACUGCAUCUUAAAAGUCCUCAAUCUGAAAAGGUGCAAGAUCACAAAGCAAGGAUGUGUUUCAUUGGCUGAGGCACUGAAGGUAACCCCCUCCCAUCUUCAAGAGCUGGACCUGAGCAGGAACGAUCUGUCGGAUGAAGGGGUUGAGAUCCUCUCGAAAGGACUGGCCAGCCCACACUGCAUCUUAAAAAUCCUCAAGCUGGCCCACUGCGGGAUCACCAGUAAAGGAUGUGUUUCAUUGGCUGAGGCACUGAAGGUAACCCCCUCCCAUCUUCAAGAGCUGGACCUGACCAAGAACAAUCUGUCGGAUGAAGGGGUUGAGAUCCUCUCGAAAGGACUGGCCAGCCCACACUACAUCUUAAAAAUCCUUAAUUUGUCACAGUGCGGGAUUGCAAAUAAAGGAUGCAUUUCAUUGGCCGAGGCUCUCAAGUUAAACCCCUCCCAUCUUCAAAUGUUAUUUCUCUUCAACAAUCGAAUAAAGGAAGAAGGAAAGAGGGUCUUAUUGGAGAUCAAGGAGGAUCCCAGCUAUAGCCUGAAGACUGUCAACCACAUGGAGGUGGAGUUCAAGGGGAAGGUCUACGACGUUCCCACCAAACAGCUGGCACGCUUGCACCCGGUGGGUUCGACGUUGCAGCGUCCGGGCUACCAUACAUUCGCCUCGCUCAGCGUGGUGCAUGAUUUCUCCAAUGUUGCGUGCGUGCGGGAAACUGCCAGUCCUCCCUUCUUCAUGAGGCGUCCGUCCACUGAGUGGCGGUCCACCCUCCCUCCGCUGUCUGUUACUCGAACGUCGCGUCCGCUAGGGUAUAUAGAGGAAAAAGAAAAGAGGGUCUUAUUGAGGAUCGAGGAGGAUCCCAGCUAUAGCCUGAAGACUGUCAAGUACUCUCCGAUGAUUGCAAGAGAACCAGGUGUCGAUGCUACGGACAAAGUAGUCUCGCUCACAGAAUUGGAGGAGAUCGUCGUCGGGUUCUUUGCAGUGACGAGGGGAAGAAAAUUCCUUCCUGAUGCCUUCAAGAGGGUGCGCUGGCAGCUAAAGAGUUUUGGCUUAGUGGGGGAGCACUGCAAGGAGCCGUGGCACAUGACGCACCUGGCAUGGCAGGCGAGUGCGCUGACCACAAAGCCAAAAGCCCAAGCUAGCACCUUUAGCUUCCAGCGCACAUUCUUGAAAGCAUUGGGAGGGAGGUUUCACGCGGGUACAAAUCCCGACCUGGACAAGGAAGACAGAUUGCGUCGUUCGGAGGACCAGAAAGACAAGUUGUCACACGGACAGGAGGAGAAGAGGCAACAACAAGGCCGCAAAGACAUGGGUGCUUUAGAAGUCAGAAGGAUGGCUCUGGACAGCGGAAGGAAGGAGCUGCUGUGGAACACGCUGAGGGAGCUGGGGGAGGACGACUUCGAGUCCUUCAGGUUCCACACGGACCUGCCUCAAAGCGUACGCGAAAACCCUCGCCGGGCGUACAUCGCUGACGAGCUGAUGAAGAAGCACGGCGAGAACACUCUGGACCAGACCAUCAUGCUUCUGGAGAAGAUCGGUAACAACAAUUUGGCCGAGAGGCUGCGCAGCGACAUGGUGAAAAUAAAAGGCGCAGACUUCUCCGUCCACGAUGACGAUCAGAUAGCCAGAUUGAAGAGGGAGCUCCAAGACAACCUGCGGCGUUUAUACAGGUUUGCUUCUGAGGGCAACACCGAGCGCUGGCAGCAGCAGCAGCCCCUGGAGGACGUCUACAUGCAGCUAGACAUCACCUACGGGGCAGACGUCAGCCCAGACGGGCGGCAUGAGGUCCUCCAGAUGGAAACGUGUGACGCCGCGGCCAAGCGGUCUAUCCUGCCGUGCGACAUCUUCAAAAGCCCCGACGGGAACCGGCGACCGAUACGCACGAUGCUCACCGUUGGCUUCGCGGGAAUAGGAAAAACCUUCCUGAUUCAAAAGUUUGUCUGGGACUGGGCCAGCGGUAAUACUAACCAGGACGUGGACUUCAUAUUUCCUUUCACCUUCCGCGAGUUAAACAUGGAGAAAGGGGAGAGCUUUACGUUGGCCGAACUGAUCCAAACUUUUGCCUGCGGAGACAGGCACAUGAGCGAAAGACUGAGCAAUAUAUUUGUCGACCUGCAAACUUCUGGGAAGCGGGACUUUGAAAGCAGCGGGAUCAAGAUCUUGUUUAUCCUCGACGGACUGGACGAGUGCAACUUCAAAAUCGACUUGAAGAAAGCGAGGAAAGUGAACAAGAACGUGAAGGAAAGCUACACGCUAGAAGUACUGCUGGCGUAUCUCAUCAAAGGGAACCUGCUUCCGUGCGCCAGGGUUUGGAUCACCACGCGGCCCGCGGCAGCCCGCGAUAUCCCCGCCGACCUCAUCGACAGCAGAACAGAGGUGGGAGGAUUCAGCGAUUCCCGGAGGCUGGAGUACUUCAGGCAAAGGUUCCCAAAUGAGGAACGCGUCACUGAGCACAUUCGGAAAUCUCGCACCAUCUUCAUCAUGUGCCAUAUUCCCAUCUUCUGCUGGCUCACCGCCACAGUUCUUCAGGUUCAUUUGGACAAAGGGAAGGAGGGAGAGCUUCCCACAACGCUGACUGACAUGUACUCGGCAUUUAUUGGUCACCACCUGGAAAACUCCAAGGAGAGAAAUACAGCGGAGUACAUUCCUGACGUGAAAGCGCUCGCCAAGCUGGCCUUUGACCACACCAUGAAUCAGCGUCAGAUCUUCUACGAGAAAGACCUGGAGGACAGCUGCUUUGAUUACAGCCAAGCAGCAAAACACUGCGGGUUAUUCACAGAGGUCUUUAAGGAGGUCCAUCCGCUCAAAAGGAAGAAACAAAAGAUGUUUCAGUUUAUCCACCUGACCAUCCAGGAGUAUCUGGCCGCACUGUACGUAAAGAUGUGUUUCUUCCACGACAACAAGAACGUACUGGAUACAUCAAGAUGGAAAAAAUUGUUCAUGCCUGUUAAGCGGAAGACAAUCACUGAGGUCCACAAGUCAGCUCUCCAGAGAGCCUCGGAAAGUGAAGGAAACCUGGAUAUGUUCCUCCGCUUCCUCGUUGGCCUUUCAUUGCAGUGCAACCAGGAAAUAGUGGGGGCACUGCUGAAGGUUCCUCAUGACUGGGAGCAAAGCAAGUCAAAGACGGUCAAGUUGAUACAGAAAAGGAUCAAACGAAACACUCCAGAAAAGAGCGUCAACUUGUUCUACUGUCUAAACGAGCUGAAAGACAACUCCUUACUGAAGCAGAUCCAGCAUCAACUAGUUUCAGGACGUUUGUCCUGGCGUCAAAUGUCAAAUGAUAUGUGGUCGGCCCUGGCCUUCUUCUUACUUACGGACGACGAAACCAUGAAGUCCUUUGAUCUUCGCCACUACUCCCCAUCGCCUUUGGGACUCAAGAAGCUUCUGUUGGUGGUCAAGGCUUCUCAAAAAUCAGAUCUAAAUCAAUGUCGCCUGGACAAAGGCAGCUGUCACCUGCUGAAUUCCGUUCUCAGUUCUCCAUCCAACCUGAGGCAUCUGAGUCUGGGCUUGAACCAUCUGUCGGACGAGGGGGUCGAAAUCCUCUCAAAAGGACUGGCCAGCCCACACUGCAACUUAGAAGUCCUCAAGCUGCUCCGCUGCAGAAUCACCAGUAAAGGAUGUGUUUCAUUGGCUGAGGCACUCAAGUUAAACCACUCCCAUCUCCAAGAGCUGGACCUCACCAGGAACGAUCUGUCGGAUGAAGGGGUUGAGAUCCUCUCGAAAGGACUGGCCAGCCCACACUGCAUCAUAAAAAUCCUCAAGCUGUCAUGGUGCAGCAUCACGAAGAAAGGAUGUGUUUCAUUGGCUAAGGCACUGAAGGUAACCCCCUCCCAUCUUCAAGAGCUGGACCUGAGCUUGAACGAUCUGUUGGAUGAAGGGGUCGAGAUCCUCUCAAAAGGACUGGCCAGCCCACACUGCAUCUUAAAAAUCCUCAACCUGUCCAAAUGUGGGAUCACCCAUAAAGGAUGUGUUUCAUUGGCCGAGGCACUCAAGGUCAUCCCCUCCCAUCUUCAAGAGCUGGACCUGACCCGGAACAAUCUGUCGAAUGAAGGGGUUGAGAUCCUCUCGAAAGGACUGGCCAGCCCACACUGCAUCUUAAAAAUCCUCAACAUCACGAAGAAAGGAUGUGUUUCAUUGGCUGAGGCACUGAAGGUAACCUCCUCCCAUCUUCAAGAGCUGGACCUGAGCUUGAACGAUCUGUCGGAUGAAGGGGUCGAGAUCCUCUCAAAAGGACUGGUCAGCCCACACUGCAUCAUAAAAGUCCUCAAGUAA